UUUUCAGAGGAGAAGCGUGGAACGUCGGUUGUUGAACUGGUUAAAAAAGAAGGAAGCACUUUGGGAUUAAUAAUUUCCGGUGGAACUGAUAAGGGUUCUCGACCAAAAGUGGCGAAUCUGCGUCCUGGGAGUAUUGCCCACAGGAGUGAUGCUUUGGCCGUUGGAGAUUACAUCAUUUCUGUAAACGGUAUUCGAACAACGAGACUGAAACACGAGGAAAUCGUUAAUUUGUUGAUGAAUGCCGGAGAAAAAGUCACGUUGGAAGUGGAGUAUGAAAUACCUGCAUCACCUGCUGAAGGGUCAGUUUGUAUGUGUCCAAAGGUUAUUCAAGUUAGUCUGGAAAAGGAAGAUGGCAGUUUUGGAUUUACACUGCGUGGAGGUGCGUGUUCUGACAAACUGAAAUGUCGACCAGUUACAAUCACUCAUGUUCGACCGGGAGGUCCAGCAGACAGAGAUGGAACAAUCAAAGCAGGCGAUCGAUUGUUGGCUGUAAACAACAUCAAUUUAGGACAAGCCACAUUACAGGAUGCUAUGACAGUUCUGAAGCACAUGGACAAGCAAGUCCUUUUAACUGUGGAAUAUGAUGUGUCUGUCAUGGAUGCAGUUCGUAAUGCCUCUGGUCCUCUGUUAGUGGAGAUUGAAAAGAGUCCAGGUACUCAGCUUGGAAUAACCUUGACACGUAUUCAGCGACCUGAAAAUGUUGUAGUGAUUGAAAGCAUUAAACAAGCCACAGUGGCAGAAAGAUGUGGAGCUCUCCAUGUUGGAGACCAUAUUCUGGCAAUAGAUAAUACACGAGUUGACCAAAUGACAGCUGCUGAAGCUACUCAGCUCUUGAAAACCUCACUUGGAGAAGUGAUUCGACUCGAAAUUCUUCCCAUUAGUCAGAUGGGACUGAGGAAUGUCCCAAGUGUUAAUGUUCGAAGAGGGCAACUUCCACUACCAGCGUCAAGCACAGUACAAUACGGAUACAGUUCUUCCAGCUAUAAUACUUUGUCUUCUGCUGGGGGUCAUUCGACAAUGUCUUCAACUAAUCAUGCACUUGUUUCCUCCUUUCUACCUCCACAAGGACACUGGACACUGCCAACAGGAUCUUUAUCAUCUAGUAAUGCCAGAGCAGUGACUCCAGCAGGUCACCUAUUUCAUACUGACACAACCCAGGUCAUAUUACAAGCAGACCACCGUGGAUUUGGUUUUACUGUUCAAGGAUCUACAUUUACCACAGAACUGGUGUCUUCUCCAUCAUUAGUAGGUAGUAUUGAACCUUCAGGACCAGCAGAAAGGAGUGGUAUUCUUCAAGCUGGAGACAGAAUUUUGGCUGUUAACAGACAGAGUACGCUCGGAAUGACAGCAGAUGAGGUCACAUCACUCAUUCAGUAUUCUCUUCCUCGUGUGAUCCUCGAUAUUGAGUUUGAUGUUGCGGAAUCUAUUGUUCCUAGCAGUGGAACGUUUACUGUAAAGUUACCUAAGCAUGGAACCGGGUUAGGGAUCACUAUUGCUGCACAAAGAUACCGUAAACAGGGAGAUGCCUUGAUUAUUUCUGACAUAAAGAAGGGAAGCAUAGCACACCGAACAGGUACUCUUCAACCAGGAGACAAGCUCUUGGCCAUUAAUACUAUACGUAUGGAUAACUGUACGAUUGAAGAUGCAGCAGAAAUUCUCAUGGCGGUUGAAGAUGUGGUCAAACUUAGAAUUCGAAAAGAUGAAACAUAUUCAGAAGACCCAGAAGAAAGUGGUGUAGUAAUAUACACUGUGGAAUUAUUACGUCAUGGUGGACCACUAGGAAUCACCAUCUCUGGAACAGAAGACCCAUUCGAUCCCAUACUUAUCUCAGGUCUUACUGAAGGUGGCUUAGCUGAAAGGACAGGUGCUAUUCAUGUUGGUGAUUGUCUCUUAGCAAUUAAUGGGCAAAGUCUGAGAGGUAAACCACUCAGUGAUGCAAUUUUCAUGUUGCAAAACUCAGGAAAUGCUGUUACUCUCAAGAUCUGCAAGCAAUCUGGCGAUAAAUACCACCUACCAAGGAGAGAGAAAACAGAGGCUCUACCACCAGAUUCAGACAGCUACCCGAGUAGUUUCCGAAGUCCACCUCCUAGUGUGGACAGUGCUGUGGAAUUGUGGGAUAGCUCAGGAUUGGAAAUGUCUGUCAGUGGAGUGAGGAGCAAGCAAACACCACAAACUGACAGAAAAGUUUCAAAAGCACUGACAACUCACAAUUUGUUUGCUGACAUAAAUAAGAAUGGAAAUGGUAGUCCUCAAGGUAGACCCAGCUUGAAAGUGGACAGAGCAGCAGCCUGGGAAGAUGCUGAGUGGGACCAGAGUCACAUGAGUAGCCACUCCCUUAUUUCAGAAGGUGACAGUAAGUCUGACUGGUCUAAAGUGUUGGAAGACCUGGAAACCUGUGGUCAGUCCGAGCUCCUACGGCAGAUCGAAGAAAGCAUCCUGGGUGGCGACCCAACCAAUGUGCUCAACCAACACUUCGACUUUAGCAGUCCAGUCCAACUCCAGAGUGAAGAUGACGUGUACAGGUCAAAGCCCGUGACAGUGUCGGAAAUUCCACUCGUAGAAAGAGACACUCAAGGUAGACUCUUUUUUACUGAUCUUCCAGAUGAAAACAGUUCUCUGCAGGGCUCAAAUUCUAAUACAUUACUUCAUUCCUUUGUAAGUCAAAACACAGAACACCAGCACUCUAUAGUGGAUGACAACAAGUUCUUACAUUCAUCCUACGAGGCUUCGGCUAUUACCCCAGUUCCUGUGGAAAUUCACAGAGUGACCUUAUUUAAAGAUGCAGUUCAUGAUGACUUUGGUUUUAGUGUAUCAGAGGGCUUGUUUGAUGGUGGGGUAUAUGUGAACUGUGUAAGACCCGGAGGACCUGCCGAUCUCAGUGGCUUAAUGAAGCCACUAGACAGGAUACUACAGCUGAAUGAUACGAAGGUGUGUCACUCUGACUGUUCUACAGUAGUACCAAUGAUUGCUUCAGCUGGUGAACAGCUUCAUCUGAUUAUCACCAGACCAGCUUACAAAGAACAAGCAGCCUGUAACCAAUGGGCAGAUGUCGGUCAACAUUCACCAGCAGAGAGUGCUCAUCUAGUUACAAAAACUUUAUAAGAACAUUUGUUUAUAAUAGGAAACUAUCAACAAAAGAUUAGUACAAUGAUGAUUUAUCAUGAAACUUUUUGAGUCCUGCAAGUAAAGAAUAUAAAACUGUUACCAAAAGAUCAGUACAUCGAUGGUUUAUCACAAAACUUUUUAUGAUGUGCAAAAUAUAUAAUAUAACUUAGGAGAAUUUGUUGAGAAAAAAUGAAUACUCAGGUUUUUCAUGUGCAUAUUUCCUUAUUAUGUUCUCUGCACCAAGGUUUGAAUUUAUUAACAUUAGAUCACCAUUCAUGUCUAAUACUUGGAACAUACUACAGUAAUAUUCUUGAAACCUGUUAUUUUUUAUUACACUUAUCUUUGUUCCUGUCAUGCACAUUCACCUUCACUGAAGUUAUCAACAAUUUUUAGAUUGAGUUAAUGUUGUACAGUUUAACCAGUGGUAGAUUUACAUCAAACAUUUGUAUAAAGAGUUUUUUGGGCAGAUUUUUUUCCCUUGUUUAGGGAUCUGGGGUUGUUUAUAUAAAACGUAAUUUAACCAAGUUGUAUUAGACUAAUGUUAUGUUGUGUUUAACAUUAUGUUUGUCAAUACAGUGUGUUAAUCCUGUGUGGAACACCUUCAUGUAGGUGUUUAGUGUUAGCUGUAUAGUUCGUGAAUUGAAGUAGGUUCAUCUUAUGGUUGGAACACUUGUUAGGGGAUGUUAAUAAUUAUUGCAUUUACCCAUAAUUAAUAUUUUUGUUAGAUAUAGCUGUGUAAACUGUAUAAAAAAAGCCUUUCCCUUACCUCUAUUAAUCAAAUUCUUUUAUUCCCUCUCCUAGAUCUGUUAAAUAUAACUGCAUACCUAAUGACAUCUUUUCUCCACUUCUCUUUAAUUAU